AUGGGGCUGGGGCUGCUGCUCCCACUGGUGCUGCUCUGGACUCGGGGGACCCAGGGGUCUGAGCUGGACCCAAAUGGGCAGCAUGUCUGCAUGGCCAGCAGCCCCUCUGCUGAGCUCCAGUGCUGCGCAGGCUGGAGGCAGAAAGAUCAAGAAUGCACCAUCCCCAUCUGUGAGGGGCUGGAUGCCUGCCGGGAAGACGAGGUGUGUGUGAAACCAGGCCUCUGCCGAUGCAAACCGGGAUUCUUCGGGGCCCAGUGCAGUUCCCGCUGCCCGGGCCAGUACUGGGGCCCCGACUGCCGUGAGAGCUGCCCCUGCCACCCUCUUCCCAGCUGUGGCCACUGCAAGGAGAAUGAGCCAUGCUCUCCAGACACAGGCAACUGUGAGUCCUGCGAGCCGGGCUGGAAUGGGACACAGUGCCACCAGCCCUGUCCACCUGGCACCUUUGGUGAAAACUGCGGGCAGCAGUGCCCCCACUGCAGGCGUGGAGAGGCCUGUCAGCCAGACACUGGGCACUGUCAACACUGUGACCCUGGCUGGCUGGGGUCCAGGUGUGAAGAUCCCUGCCCCACUGGCACCUUUGGGGAGGGCUGCAGCUCUACCUGCCCCACCUGUGUUCAGGGGGCCUGUGAUGCUGUGACAGGAGAAUGUGUCUGCAAUGCCGGCUUCUGGGGACCCAGCUGCAACACUUCCUGCCCAUCUGGCUUCCAUGGAAACAACUGCUCAGUUCCCUGCGAAUGCCCAGAGGGACCCUGUGACCCUGUCUCUGGGGUCUGCCAUCGGGGCUCUCACAGUCAGGAUACCGCCCUCAUCAUAGGCAUCCUUGUGCCUCUGCUGCUUCUCCUCCUGGGCCUCGCCUGCUGUGCCUGCUGCUGCUGGGCUGCCCGAUUGGACCCCAAGGACAGGCCAGCAAGAGAUGGGGCUGCAGUGUCCAGGAUGAAGCUGCAGGUCUGGGAGGCACUGACCAGCUUGGGCUCUGCACUGCCCUGUGGUUCCCUCAGCACCCACAAGUUACCCUGGGUAACAGUCUCACACCACGACCCGGAGAUCCCCUUCAACCACAGCUUCAUCGAGCCACCCUCUGCCGGCUGGGCCUCUGACGACUCCUUCUCUUCGGAUCCCGAGUCUGGAGAGGAGGAUGAGGGUCCUGCCUACUGCGUGCCACCCCAAGAAGGGAUGGUUCCUGUGGUCCAAGCAGAGCUGUCAGAAGCCAGCCUGGCUGGGGGCCCUUUCCCUCCCCCUGAGGAUGCCUCCACACCAUUUGCCAUCCCACGUACUUCCAGCCUAGCCCGGGCCAAGCGGCCAUCAGUCUCCUUUGCUGAAGGCACCAAGUUUGCACCACAGAAUCGCCGAAGCUCAGGGGAGCUCUCCAGCCCACUUCGAAAGCCCAAGAAGCUCUCGCGGGGGGCCCAGACAGGUCCUGAAGACCAGGAGGCUGAGGAGUCCACCAGCGCAGAGCAAGCAGAAACAGAUGAGACCCCUCCUGCUACUGCCAGCCCCAGGGAUUCAGCUAUUGGUCGACGGCGCCUCCCACUUGGCGGACGGACAGUGGCUGAGCGUGUGGAAGCCAUUGAGGGCAGUGUCCAGGAGAGCUCAAGCCCUAUAACCACGAUCUACAUGCUGGCUGGGACACCUCGGGGAUCUGAGGGCCCUGUCCGGUCUGUCCUCCGCCGUUUUGGUAGCUUUCAGAAAGGCCAGGCAGAGCCCAAGGUCAAGAGUGUCAUCCCUAAGCCUCCACGCCGUGCCUUGAAUCGGAACAAGGGCAGCCCUGGGCUGGCCCCUGGCUCUGCCAGCCAGAGCCCCAACUCAGCCCCAAAUGCUGAGCUUACCGGGGCCAUGGAGUCUACAGGAGUCAGGCCAGAGGAAGUAGCCAGGGAGCUAGGGGCUGGCACUGAGAGCUCAGGGAAGGUCCAGGAGCUGGUCUCUGGAGGUAGCCCCUCAGAACAGGAUCCCCAGAUGCAGGUUGAAGAAGAAGGGCAGGAGGAGCCCCAGUACGAGAAUGUUGUACCCAUCUCUGGGCCAUCAGAGUCUUGAGGACCUUGAAUUUGGGGAGGAGAAGACUGGAUGGGGCAAGAUGAGGCACCAGAACUAUCCAUGGGUCAGAUCGUACUUUGUGCUGGAAAAUGAUCCCAGGGCCAAAACAGACAUACCAGAGCCUCUGCCCUUCCAUAGGGAAAUGGCGGGGUGAGAGGCCAGUUGGCUUCGGGCCCUGGCGGUACUCCAGGAGUGGGUCUGGAAGGCUUGGGCGGAGACCCCACAGGAUGGGGUCAGGAAGGGGGAUGAGAAGGCUGCAGGGACUUUUCCUCUGUUGUCCUGGAUUCUGCUUCACAAAGCUGUUCUUUCAUUUGCAAAACAUUUUUCUGAAAUGGGAAACAACCUGAAUGCUGGACAAUAAAAGCUUGGUAAUUAAACAAA